AUGUGGAUUUUACGUGCAAAACACUCUCGAAUAACAAUUUUUCUUACUGCUGCUCCCGAUGACUCUCUUGAAUCCCUCAAACAACAAUUAUUCACCGCAUUACGCGAUACACAUUUCGAUGAUCCUAAUGAUGACGAUAUUCGUCUUAAAAUCUCUGGCAUAGUACAUACUGAUUAUACACAAACUCUUUCUGACGCUGGUCUUGGAGACGGCGCUGUUUUUGAGUUUGCUCCUCGGCGACACGGUCAAUGGAUACCAUUCUAUAUAGAACCUUAUCCCGAAUCCACCGACACAUAG